AUGGUCGGCGCGGAGUGUGCGCCGUUUUCGAAGACCGGCGGCCUCGGCGACGUCAUGGCAUCCCUCCCCAAGGCGCUCGUGGCACGCGGGCAUCGCGUCAUGGCCGUCAUCCCGAUGUACUACCACUACGACGAGUGCGGCACCCCGUGCGGCGCGGUCGACCUGAACAUCUGCGGCGAGAUGCAGCACGUCGAUUACUUCCACCACAAUCGCGACGGCGUCGAUCUCGUCUUCGUCUCCCAUCCCGCGUUUUACGAGAACGUGAGCGCCAUCUACGGCGGGGGGACGAUGGGGGUGACGUGGCGCGGGGCGUUGCUCUCGCAAGCCGCGAUCGAGGCGGUGUGGCACGUCCCGUGCGGAGGCUUCCCGUUCGGCACGGACAACUUGAUCUACGUCGCGAACGACUGGCACACGGCCAUCCUCCCCGUGUACCUCCGCGCCUUCUACCAAGACCAUCAGAUCCUCGGGUACGCGCGCUCGUGCCUCAUCGUGCACAACAUCGCGCAUCAGGGCCGCACGCACUGCGACGACGUCUGGCGACUGAACCUCCCGGACCACCACACCGGCGCGUUCUACCUCGACGACCCGAUGGAAGGCCCCGGGAUGAACGUCCUCAAGGCUGGGAUCGAGUACGCGACGAAAGUCAUCGCGGUGUCGCCCGGAUACGCGUGGGAGAUCGGCACGGACGAGGGCGGCUGGGGCCUCGCGCCGACGAUUCGAAACGACCCGGUGAAAGUCUCGGGCAUCGUCAACGGCAUCGACUUCAACGAGUGGUCGCCCGAGAUGGAUCCGUAUCUGCAGUCGGACGGAUACCAAACCUACGGCACGAACCUCGAGGGGUGGUGGACCGGGAAGCAAGCGUGCAAGGCGGCGCUGCAGCGGCAGCUGGGUCUCGAGGAACGCCACGACGUCCCUCUGCUCGGAUUCAUCGGGCGCCUGGACGAGCAGAAAGGGAUCGACCUCAUCCUAAACAGCGAGGAGUUUCUCAUGUCUCAGGACGUGCAGAUCGUGUUCCUCGGGUCCGGGCGGCAGGACCUUCAGGACCGUCUCCACGAGAUGGAGUGUCGGAACCGGCACGCGGUCAGAGCGUGGAUCGGAUUCAGCAACGAGAUGGCGCAUCGCAUCACCGCGGGGUGCGACAUCCUGCUGAUGCCGUCUCGGUUUGAACCGUGCGGUCUGAACCAGCUGUACGCGAUGCACUACGGUACCGUCCCGGUCGUGCACCACGUCGGCGGGCUAAGAGAUACCGUGCGACACUUCGACGGGAACCACGAUGCGGGCGGGACGGGGUGGGCGUUCGAGCGCGCGGAGGCGGAUAAGUUUCAGUGGUCGCUCGGACAGGCGAUUUACACGCUGCGCAACCACAAGGAAUCGUUCGCCGCCAUCGGCGUGCGAGGGAUGCAGCAAGAUCUCGGGUGGGACCACGCCGCGUACUUGUACGAGCAGAAGUUUAUCGAGGCGAAGUACGCGCACUAG